AUGUCGGUUGUUGCAGGGUUAGCAGCUGACGGUAGGCAAAUUGUUGUGAGGACCAAGUCUGAAGCAACUAACUAUGACAGUGUGUAUGGAGAACCUAUUCUUGUUAAGGAACUUACUGAACACGUGGCUAGUUAUGUGCACCUUUGCACACUACCUUUUGGAUGUGGCAUCAUACUAGGAGGUUAUGACAGAGAUGGACCACAAUUGUACAUGGUUGAACCUUCUGCUAUUUCCUAUGUAAAAGACGACCAUGGCAAGCAUUUUUGUUGUAUGGACCACCUGGAACAGUUUACAUGGGUUGAAGUAACUAGAACACCUCUUUCAGCCUAUGAUGCCACAGAAAUUUUGAAACCUAAUGAUAAGGUUCAAGCAAACUCAGAUCAGGAUGUUUGGAAUCAGCUCAAAGCAGGAUCCUUCCAGUUCAAUGAAGAAAUGAUGGAGUCGCUUUUUGGAUAUAAUGCUGCUCAAGAAAAAUCUAAACCUGGAAUGAAGAAAGAAUCUCGUGAACAAACUCCUCAAUAUAUUCAGAUCAUUGAACCAAAAAAAGCAAAGAAUUUGUCAAAUAAUGAGCCUUUCAACCUUUAA